AUGAUGCCCGGAAUGCCGCCGCCACCUCCUCCUCCCUCUCUAGGAGUAGGCAUGGUAAAGCCGCCUCCUCCCGUUCCGGGCCUUUUGAAGCCCCCUCCACCACCUCCUGGUGCACUGCCUGGGCCACCCGGGGUUGCACCCCCAGGCAUGCUGCUGAUUCCUCACCCAGGCCUCUUGCCGGUGGUGGCGCCAAAUGCAGCAGCCGCGGCAACGUCCCCUAGUCCAGCACCAAAAGCUGGCGGGAAUGCAGUACCUGCAAAUACAACAGGCAAGCAGUUCCCGUGGGAAGGCACCAGCGGAAUCCAAUGCAAGUAUGGCAGAGCCUGUAAAAACUCGCAGUGCACAGACACCCAUCCGACAGGACGUGGGAUCGAUGAGGAUCCUAACAGCACCAUUUGCAGAUUUGGACGGAAAUGCAAGCGACAGGGUUGCUUCUUCGUUCAUCCGCAAGGCCGUGAGGUAGAUGACGAUCCUUCAAAGGGCAUGUGCCGCCAGGGUGUGUCAUGUAAACGUGCGGACUGCUUGUACUCACACCCUGAGGGGCGAGUGGUAGAAGGACAGGAGUCGAGAGCUUGCCAUAUUUGUGGCAUUGCUGGCCACUUGAUGAAAGACUGCCCAAAGCGCAGAGGUGCGGCGGCGCUGCCUUUGGUCAAGGGUCAGUAUGUGACCUUGGCGGAUUUUCCCUCUGAUUGGGAGUCCAAGUCGACCGAGGACUUGACAGCACAGCUAGCUGAAGAGCUCGAGGUCUUCGGAUCGUUGACAUUGGCACCAAUUUUGAUAGAUGGACACCGGAAAGCUGUGGGUGCCUUUGAAGAAGAGGAGGCAGCAAAAGCUGCUGUGGAUGCUUUACAAUCCAUUAUCAGCAUCGAGCUGCGCGACCCUCCAAUGCAGAAUGUGGCUGAUGGGAAGCCAGGAUCUGUUCUAAUCCAGGAUUUUCCUGCCAGAUGGCAAGCCUCAGACAUUGGCGCGCUGUUGCACGGCACAGUGAAGCCAAGCUCCCUCGUUAGCAUCGAAAUGGUACCAGGGCCCGGCGAGGGCGAAGGCGGAAAUGGUGGCGGGGCACGUGUGAGGAUGCGUGACUUCGGCACUGCAAGAGAAGCUGCAAAGGAGCUCCAGGGCCAAAAGGUUGCAGGAAAACCCUUGCACAUCGUUCUUGAAGACGAGGACGGCUUGUCGCAUGACAUUGAUGAGACGGAGGAGGUACCCAGACCGGGCAAGGACUAUCCAGACCGGAAGGUGGAUGGCAUUGAAAUGUGCCAGGACUACAGGAUGGAUCGCUGCACGCGUGGUGAUCGGUGCAAAUUCUCGCAUGGUGAGGAUGACAGCGACGAAAAGAAAGCUCGAUUAGAGAAAGAGCGCAGGCGGCGCGAGGAGAGGGAGCGGGACAGAGACCGCGACCGUGAUCGGCGAGACCGGAGGCGCUCCCGAAGCAGGAGUCGAGAGCGUAGAAGAUCGCGUAGUCGGGACCGAGAUCGUGACCGCGAUCGGGGAAGCAAAAAAGGCAAAAUACACGUCAUACAUAUUGACGAGUUGAGAAUGCCAAAUAGGCCGGAUGUUGAGCCUGCUCCCACGGACGUCGAACUAUUCGUUGACCCGCUUCCAGACGAGGACCUGAUGGACACGUGCCUCAAUGCCUUCGGCUCGACUGAAGACAUCUAUGUCCUUCCGAUCCCCGGCCCACGCAAAGGCUACGUGAAGUUCAGGGACCAUGGCGCGGCAUGCCGUGCAGUGGAGGCUGGCUUCGGCUCCUGGUCAGAGUCCGAGCGAGUGCUGUCAUCUCAACGUUCAAAGAAGAAUGAAGCAACUAUUGCGACAUACCCGGAUAGCAUUAUCGCCAGACUGGUUGGGUCCAGAGGCGAUGCCAUCAAGAAGUUGCAGGAAGAGAGCGGCGCAGUUUGGAUCCACCUGCGUGGUGAGGAUUUAGGUCAUUCAGAUUAUAAGUUCUCGAGUUCUCAGCGGGUGCACUUUGUCGCCGAGGCCGAUGACAGUGCCGUGCCGAAAUUGAAGGAAGCGCUCGAAAGAAGGCUCCACGACAUUCACGACAACAUCAUCCAGACCUUGAAAGAGAAAGGAGGUGGCCGAAGAGAUCGUGAGCGGGGCCGGGAGUUUGAGGAUCCGUGGAUGCAGGCCGCGCAUCAUCCGCCACCUCCGGCCUGGUGGGGACAUCCGCCUCCUCACCCAGACCCUUGGGGUGCCCCACCUCCUUGGGGACCACCGCCGCCCGGAUGGUAA